CGGGGCGGGGAUAGGAAUUGGCAUGCGUAAAUAGCGCAUCAUUAUGAACAAAGUCAUCACAUGUCGUCGCAUCGUCGGCAGAUACUGGCAUCUGAUAAUGUGGUUUUGAUGAGGCGGAUCGCUAUCACGUGGCGACAUGACGACGUCUUCUCCUUUGUCUGAUCGCAAUGUUCGAGAUAUAGCAAAGCGGCAAAAUGUUAUAUAACCAGGCUCGUAGAGGCUAAAACAACCUGAAAGAGCGCUGGAAGCUCGUCUAUUGAAUAAUAUCUAAAUCACAUCUCAUUGGGCACAAGGCUCAUCCUCAAUGGUCAAUCUCUUACUCGACGAGCAGACAAGGUCUUGUCUGGGAUCAGAACGGUUUGCUAGGCUUGUCCAGUUUUCCAAGAAAGCUCAUAGGAUGAUGGAGAGCCACUUUAUAUGGUGGCCACCAGGAUCUCAAGAGAAUAACUUCGACUGGUCACGUGGUAGCACUUGUUGCGUAGACCCGAUAGCGGAUUACUUCACGUUGGAUCAUGAUAUCCUGAUCUACCACAGAAAGGCUCGAUUUCAGUAUCCUUUACAAUAUGUAGGAGCCUUCAAGACCUGGAUAAAUGCGGCAAGAACGAAUUCCGGAAGUCUUGCCAGGGAUGUUGAGGCUUCGCAUCCAUCAUGGCUCUCUUGGGCAAAGGGGAGACAAUCGCCGUUGGUCCUAGAGGUCCCAUCGUAUGUUCAACAAUCUGUAUUAGAUUACCGGAUGAACGAUACCCUGGUACGAAUGUCAGCGAUGAGUGCAAACGAAACGGGACAUCCCUUCGGUCUCAGCGCUAUAGGCGGAUAUCAGAUACCAGAGAGCUCGGCGCAGACAUGCUUACCCAGUGUUGUGAACACUCGAUAUGACAGCGAGCUGUCUGGCGGCUCGGGUCGUCACAAGACUGUCUCGUGGGAGACGAAACGGAAAAACCAAUCUACGUGGACAUCUGUGACCGUCAGCAGCAACAUCUUCAUGCAGCUGCAGCCACAGGAAUUCGUGGGAGGGAGUCUAAUUGUCGUUGGCACGGCAAGUCAGUACAAUGACCAGUAACCUUUGCCUUUCGGUGUAUCUCAGUGUAGAUCUACGAAGCGGAUUGGCGUGUUCCGUUUGUUCCUCCAUCCUGAAUGGUCUACGC